AGCCUGACAAAAUCUCACCCAAGAUAUUGCCAAGUUCUGCCCCCAUAUGGGACAUGUUCAAAGCAUGGACGAAUCCUGAAAAGGGAGAAGAGCCAAAAGACCGGGAUCCCAGUGGGCUUCUGGACCAGGAAGCUUGGAAGAGGCGGAUGAUUUGGGAGAGGGCUAUCUCAAGAGAGAGGUCAAGAUCGCACCCUGACCAGGUUUUGAAAAUUAAGCAGAAGGAGUUAACACGGUCAAAAUGUCAAGCUUUGCCGUUUAUACAGAAUAUUUUCCAGAAGAAUUGUGCUCUAUUACGUAUUCCCAACAAGUUUUGUUUUGGUCAGUGCAACUCUUUCUAUCUACCGGGUUGGCCAUCUAGCCUUCCUCAGCCAUGUGCGUCUUGCGUCCCCAGCCACUCACGACGACGUUUUGUGACCCUGCGCUGUCAAGGAGGUAAGCGAUCUCGAGUGGCCGUUGAAAUGAUUGAGGAAUGUGAAUGCUUAACCCGGUAUGGCAAUGAAGAUGAGACCGCACCAUUUGGAAGAACAGAAGGAUUCCUGCCCCUUUGAUAAAAAAAACAAAC